AUGGAUACACUCCAGCACCUCUCUCCGCCCAAGUGUGUGCUCCUCGCCAUACGCUAUGCCUCCGAUGCCAACAUACCUGCCCUUCGAGCCGUCGUUCGCGCACGUCAUACCGACCUGAGUACCCCCCUCGUCCUGCGCAUCAUCCUCACAUACCUCCCCGAGAGCAUUGAUCCCUCCGCCUAUGUCCCGCUCUGCUCAGAGUUGAUAUCCGGCCAGUUCGACACCGACUCCACCGCCGGGGACCUUGACUUCUCGGCGUUGAAUGGCGUCUCCGACAAAAAAGCACGAUCCAAGGUUAACAAGGCUCAACUGCUUCCACUACCACAUUAUGCAUAUACACACGAGGGCACGGAUGACUUGACAAACUUCCUCAUCCAUCGCGCGCAUCGCAUUCACUCAGAAACCGGCCUCUUCGACCUCGUCCCGAAGCUCGUUGCGCCCUUCCUCGAGUACUCACAGUACCUGAAAACAUGGUUCAUAUCCGCCUGCCUCCCUCUCCUUCGCCAGGAGUACGAAUACUACCCAGAUCACGCGGUCGAAUCCUCCCUCGACUCGUUUGUGACCCUUGGAGGCACCAAAGCUAUCAACCUCUUGCUUUCGCGCGCUCUCAAGCCUAAGCCUGGGCCCACCCGUGCCGAAGCUCCGAACAACAUCGCAAGAGAUAUCCGUGGCCUCGUCGGUCCAUGGGUGUAUGGAUCAUCGGACCGUAAACGGCGGAAGAUUACCAACGACCAGCAUCGUCAUGCCAUUUCUGCAGGCAGAGACGACGGCGAUUCGUCCAGUCUUGACACCGCGCAAGCUCAAGAUUGGGACUACGCAUUCAAGUGGCUGGUCGAGCAGGCUGCAGCGAACUUCACUGUCGUCAUAGCGGGCAUAGAAGAGUGGGACGGCCCGGGAGACGUGGACCUAGGGGGCUACGAGCAGUCCCCGCAUUACUUGACCGAAGACUCACAGAGACAACUGGAACAGCGGUAUGCGCAGGCUGCCUUUGCAACCGCGUAUGCUGUCGAAGCCGACACUGCCGACACCAUCUCUGGCGCACAUUCACUGCUCGUGCGACUGGCAAGUCUGAUGGACUUUGAGCCCCCGCCUGAUCUUGCCACAAGUGUUGAAAUGCUGCCCAAAAUCGAAGACGCCACCUCUAUCAUGCACAACACGUCACCAAAGGCGCUUUCGCCUGAUUCCUUGUUGGAUAAGGAGCACCCGCUCACUUCUCCCAAUAUCAAGACCUUUGCGCUCCUGCAGAUUUUCAUCUACUCGGCAUACACCCUGGCCAAUCUCGGCUAUAGUAUGUCCAUCAAGAAUGUCGCCCAUAUGCGUUUCCACAGUGAAGAAGAUGAGCAAACUCAAAUGCUGCAGAAGAUCCUGCACGGCGCGGGCGAGAUUGUGGGCAAAGAGAGCCACAAGUGGAGUCACAAGUGGGAAGUCCUGAGGAAACAGCUGAUCUGGCUCUGGAACUGGGGUCUGGUCGGUCAGAAGGAUGCAAUACAAGAAGGAUUCGGCAUCUUUGGGAAGAUCAAACGGGAGAAUUUCGAACGGGAGAUCCUGAGGGCCUUUCUGAAUGGAGGACAAUAUGAGCUUGUGCUUACGACAUAUGUCAAACAACCCCGAGAACAGACACUUUCGUUGGGCGACGUUGAAAAUGUCAUCUUAGAAGUCGCUCUGCAGUACUACGACACCGCCAGCAAUGGAAAUCGCACGAGAGGCAACAUGAAGAAAGUCUCUACAAUAAUCGCUACCUUCCAGCCCCACUUCCCAAGAUCAGAUGCCUUCAAACGGACAGAAGCUCUCCUCUCUGCGACACACUCCCUGUCCUUUUACUCCUUGACCCAACAGCGAGGCGUUCCUUUCCAGCCAGUUAGCAUACGCAUUCGAAGUGACCCCCUGUCCCUCAUCAACGACCUCCUCGAGCAGAAUCCCUCAUCGUACACCAAGCUAGACGACCUUAUGGAGAUCGGCUGCAACCUCAUCGCCGCUGGUGUUGGUGCAGCCCCUGAUUCUCUCUCUCCAUCUCAAUCCUCCUCAAUAUCCGCACAAAAAGAAGCCACCGAGCAGCGGGUUCUCGGCAUGACAAUCGAGGCAUCCCUUCGCGAAGACGACUUCGAAACCGCCUACUCCUAUGUCGUCAACCGCAUGCCCGGCGUCUCCACCCCCGACCCCACAAACGCAGACACAAACACCGGAUCCACCAAAGACACAUCCUCCUGGCGCGCCGCCUUCAUAGCCGGCCGCCACUCCACCCCAUCCUCCUCAGCCACCCUCACAUCCUCAGCCCACCUCCGCCGCCUUGAACAACGCAUGGACCUCCUCUCGCAAUCCCUCCUAGCCGCACCACCCUCCGCCCUAGCCGAAAUCCUAUCCGUCUACAUGGAAGUCGAAGCCGAAAUGAACGAAUGCCUCGCCCGCGAGCAGGCCGAGGAAGAGAGCUGGGACGACCACGCUGACCACCGGCUCCCCGGCGCCUUUGCCGAGAGCGUGCACAUCCAGCCGCGCAGAGAGGUGGGCAGAGGCGCCGUCGAAGAGGCGCCAAUGGGCCUCUUUGAUGUGGCCAGGGGUGCCGCGGCCGCGUUUUCGCGCACGGCGGGCAUGGGCGCGAAGCGGGCGGCUGGACAGCAGCAGCAGCAACAGCAGCAGCAACAGGCACAUGAGAGAGAUAUGUCGACGGACAGUGUGGAUAUGGAGGGCAGCGAGGAGAUGAGGGUGAGGAAGCGGGAUAUGCUUGCGAGUACGGUGACGGGCGGGUCGCGCGCGCUGGCGAGUGGGUUGGGGUGGGUGCUUGGUGCGACGCCCGUUCAUGACGAGCAGCCCAGAUGA